AUGGCUUCCUGGCUUAAGGCCGCUGAAGGUUUCGAGAUUGAUCUGGUUUCCCUUGCAAAUUUUGUGAGUUAUGGUGAUGUCAGUUUUCGGCUUACUGUCUUUAGAUGCUUUGAUCCGAUGUUAAAAGCAUUUAGUCAAGUUCUACCGGAUUAUUUAUUCGAAGUUGUAGAUCGAAGGGCCAAGCUAGUUGUCAGCGAAUAUGCAGAUGAGCAAUCAGAUUCUAAGUCUCCAGGUUUAGAUUCUAGUUUGUUUGGCUUAUGGUUUCUUUGGGCAAGGAUCUCAAGGCAAAGGACAAAAUCAAAAUCUAAGGCUCAAAAGGGACAAGCUGUUCCAUCUCCUGUAAUUAGUGACACCACAAAGGAGCAAGGUGGCGUAUCAGAAGAGUCAGUAGAUGUAACUUCUCCAAGUAAUAAGUUUGAUUCCACAAAGGUUCAAAAGGGAUCAUCGAUCUUGUCUCCUGUUAUUAAUGAUAUUACAAAAGAGCAAGUUGGCACACCUGCAGAACCAGUAGAUGUUGCUACUGUGAGUGAAAAAGUUGAUCUUAAUCUUGUAGCUGAGAAUGACGGUGCUUCUAUGUCUACAAGCCAAGCUAAAAAGGAGCAGCCAGCAACUGACAAAAUGCCACCCUUGUCAGGCACUUCAUCAACAGAAGUGAUAACUAAUGAUGUGAAUAAGCAUGAAAUGGACAAUGUGGAGGUCUUAGUAGAUGAUAAUAAUGCUGGACCUUCCACUCUUUCUGAAACCAUUUCUACAGACGUCCAGCUUCCCAAAGAGAAUGCUUCAGAUAUCCAUGAUGGACAUUCCUCUCCAUCUAACAAAGGGAUUGAAAGCCCCAAUGAAAAUCAAUCAACUGAUACUGGCUUAAUUAUGGACCCUGGAAAUAUGGAUGCUGAUUUAAAAAAGGGUCAAGAGAGAUCUGAAUCUCUGACCUCUGACACUGCUUCUAAUGGUGAUGUUCUUUGUAAAGAUACUGAUUUAAUAGUUCAAUCUAUUGACAAUGGAAAGAGCCAAGAGGAUCAUAAAACUGAAACCGAUAACUCAAAGAAAGUACAAGAUCAACUUGAUGAGGCUCAAGGACUGCUUAAAACAGCAAAAUCUACUGGUCAAUCUAAAGAGGCAAGGUUAGCUCGGGUCUGUGCUGGAUUAUCAUCCCGACUUCAAGAAUACAAAGCUGAAAAUGCACAGCUGGAGGAACUUCUUAGUGCAGAGAGAGAGUUGAGUAAAUCUUAUGAAGCUCGAAUGAAAGAGCUACAAAAGAUUUGUCUGAAUGUAAAAGGGAAGUAUCCAGAGUAGAGUCAAAUAUGUCUGAGGCCUUGGCGGCAAAGAAUGCUGAAAUUGCUACUCUUGUCAGUUCUAUGGAUGCUGUUAA